CUUCCAGCUCAAUGCCUCUUCUUUUACUACUGUCCCCUCUCUUCCUUCCUAAUGCAACGGACAGGGAAUAAGGCUGCACCAUCAUGAAUGAUCACUACCACCGAGCAGCCAGGGAUGGCUAUCUUGAUCUGCUAAAAGAAGCCACCAAGAAGGACCUCAACUCCCCCGAUGAGGAUGGCAUGACCCCAACCCUAUGGGCUGCCUACCAUGGCAACUUGGAUGCACUGCGGCUGAUAGUUAGCAGAGGGGGUGAUCCAGACAAAUGUGACAUCUGGGGGAACACGCCUCUUCAUCUGGCUGCAGCCAAUGGGCAUCUGAAUUGCCUCUCUUUCCUGGUGUCUUUUGGGGCCAAUAUCUGGUGUCUGGAUAAUGACUACCACACACCACUGGACAUGGCAGCUAUGAAAGGCCACAUGGAGUGUGUGCGUUACUUAGACUCCAUUGCUGCCAAGCAGAGCAGCCUCAAUCCCAAGUUGGUGGGCAAGCUGAAGGACAAGGCCUUCAAGGAUGCAGAGAAGCGCAUUAAGGACUGUGCAAAGUUGCAGAAGAAGCACCAUGAGAGGAUGGAGAAAAGGUACAAAAAGGAGAUGUCUGACCAUUCAGAUACCAUGAGCUUCUCCAGUUACUCCAGCAGCACUUUGAGCAGGAGAUUCCAGCACAUGUCUAUGAUGACAUCAUUGCCAUAUUCUCAGGCCACCAUACAUGGCACAGCCAAGGGCAAGACCAAAAUCCAGAAAAAGCUGGAGAAAAAGAAACAGGUAGAUGGAACAUUCAAAAUCUAUGAGGAUGGGAGAAAGAGUGUGCGCUCCUUGUCUGGCUUACAGUUGGGCAAUGAUGUCAUGUUUGUGAAACAAGGCACUUACGCCAGUCCAAAGGAGUGGACUCGACGCAAUGUAAGAGACAUGUUUCUGACUGAUGAGGACACUGUCUCCCGUGCCAUAAGUGACCCAGGUUUGCACAUGGACUCAGCCCAUUCUGAGGUCAGCACUGAUUCUGGUCAUGACUCUUUAUUUAAUCGCCCUGGUCUAGGCACUAUGGUUUUCCGGAGGAACUAUGUCAGUAGUGGACUGUUUGGGAUUGGUCAGGAGGAUCCCAGCAUGCUGGGAGAAAGUAAUAUGGAUAGGUUAGGUGUUAAGCUUCACAGCCGCCUGCAGCGCUCGCCAAGUCUCAAUGACAGCAUCGGCAGUGCCAACAGCCUGCAGGAGAGGAACAUGGAGGAGCUGCCAUGGGAUGAGAUGGAACUGGGACUAGAUGAUGAUAUUGAACCUGAAACUAGCCCCCUGGAGACCUUCCUGGCCUCUUUGCACAUGUUUGAGUUCAUUUCAAUCCUUAAGAAGGAGAAGAUUGAUUUGGAAGCUCUCAUGUUGUGUUCGGACAAUGAUCUGAAGAGUAUACAUAUCCCACUGGGACCCAGGAAAAAGAUUCUGGAUGCUGUCCAGAGGAGGAAACAGACUUUGGAGAAUCCUGAUGUCAUAGAAGACACUGAUUUAUAGCUGUUUUUAAGAACCAAGGAACAACAAAACAGUUCUAAGUUGCCAGAAAACACCUGCCAGAGAUCCUAACAGUUGGAAAGCCACAACAAACGGCCCAAAUCUAGCCAGCUCUCAUCUCAUCCUCUCUUCUCUGCCUUCUUGCCUGAAGCAGUUUGCCAGAUAGCAGCCUGGUGCUAAAGAGAUUAUAUAUACAGUAUUUGCAUUGCAUAAACUGGGAAAUUGAUCUAAAUUGCCUGUAUGGGCAGCUAAGGUGGAAACUCAGAGGUGCAUAAUAGAAAUUAUUUUGUGACUUGCUACAUUUCAAGACAGUGGAAAUGUCCCAAUUUUCCAUGAGUGUAGUAGGAAUGAGAAUCCCAAUUUGUGCCUCUGAACAUGGUGUUUUUUAUUUGCAAGUUGGUUUCUACAGAAUAGAAAGAUGUGAUCUUUCACAUGUGGCAUUGUGAUCACCAUUCCACGAGACAUAAAUAGCGACAAGGAGAACAACUUAUAGGAAAUAUAUUAUUAUUAUUUCAUUUGCCCAAAUGUCUUUGGGAGAGGAACACAUUUUAAAAAAUCACAUAAUGAGGAGUUUAAAUAUAGGAGGAUGCCAUGCUGCCUUUCCCACCUAGAAGCCCUCAAUUGAACCAUAGCUCCCACAAUCCUCCAGCUAGCAUACGUUAUAAUGGCUGGAUAAUUCUGGGAGUUGUAGACCAAUAUAUCUAGAAAGCCCCAUAUUGGGUCACACCUGAAUAACAGAAGGACAUAGGCUGCAUACGAAAGCAAAAAGUUAACAAAGGGUCCAUUUACACUGUAUUGUUAAAAUGCUUUGAAUGGCUGGUUAUAUUUUUCGUGGUGGUGCUGGUUGUUUUCAUUGUUAAAACUAAAAAUUAUCAAAAGUCAUUAACAUUAAAAUCUCAGGCUGCAUUUGCAAUACAAAAUUAAUCCAGAUGGACACCACUUUAACUGCCAUGGCUCAAU